CCGCCCCCCACGGUGCCUGAUGAAAAUUGCUUAACACCCCGCUGGACUUGGACGGCAUAUCGACCAGCCGCGAGAGAGGUAGCAAAGCAAGGCCACGCCCUCAUCUUCUUUUGGUCGGAUAAUAUUGUCGCCUCGCCCAACAUGAGCGCGGCUCAGGCGAAUGAAGCAGAGAAGAACAUUGAGAUAUGGAAGGUGAAGAAACUUAUCAAGCGGUUGGAGCUAGCUAGAGGAAAUGGAACCUCCAUGAUCUCUCUUAUCAUUCCCCCCAAGGAUCAGGUAUCCAGAGCGGCAAAGAUGUUGGCCGAAGAAUUUGGCACUGCAUCUAACAUCAAAUCCCGGGUCAACCGUCUCUCUGUCCUGUCCGCCAUUACUUCCACCCAACAGCGCCUCAAGCUUUACAACAAGGUUCCACCAAAUGGUCUAGUGGUCUACUGCGGCGAAAUCAUCACCUCCGAAGGAAAAGAGCGGAAGAUAAACAUUGACUUCGAGCCCUUCAAACCCAUAAACACGUCUCUUUAUCUCUGUGACAACAAGUUCCAUACCGAGGCUCUCAGCGAGCUUCUUGAAUCGGACCAGAAAUUCGGCUUCAUCAUUAUGGAUGGAAAUGGUGCAUUGUUCGGAACACUGAGCGGCAAUACCAGAGAGAUUCUCCAGAAGCUGAGCGUUGAUCUGCCCAAGAAGCACGGCCGCGGUGGUCAGUCGGCGUUGCGUUUCGCUCGUCUCCGCGAGGAAAAACGCCAUAAUUACGUGCGGAAGAUUGCCGAGUUGGCCGUCCAGAACUAUAUUACCAAUGAUAAGGUUAACGUCGCGGGACUGAUCUUGGCCGGUUCUGCUGAUUUCAAGAAUGAUCUUAACCAAUCCGAUAUGUUUGACCAAAGGCUACAGGCUAAAGUCAUUAAAGUUGUUGAUGUCUCUUAUGGCGGAGAAAACGGCUUUAACCAGGCCAUUGAGCUGGCUUCGGAGACCCUGAGCAACGUCAAAUUCGUCCAGGAGAAGAAGCUUAUCGGGAAGUACUUCGAAGAAAUCAGCCAAGAUACUGGAAAGGUUUGCUACGGCAUCGAGGACACACUGAAGGCAUUGGAGCUCGGCGCAGCGGAGACCUUGAUUGUGUACGAGAAUCUGGACGUCACUCGGUGGGUCCUGAAGAGCUCCAGUGGCUCGGACGUUGUUAUCCAUACUACAAAGUCUCAAGAGGACAACCGUGAAUUAUUCAUUGACAAGGAAACUGGUACCGAGAUGGAAGUUAGCGAACAGAUGUCUUUCCUUGAGUGGCUAGCUGAAAGCUAUAAAGACUUUGGCGCGGCCUUGGAGUUUGUUUCGGACAAGUCCAGUGAGGGAAACCAGUUUGUAAAGGGCUUCGGUGGUAUCGGAGCCAUCCUUCGGUACAAGGUUAAUUUCGAACAACUUGCUGACUUUGAAGACGAGGACGAGUUCUAUGACGAUUGACGGUUCAGCGACCUCGCGGAGAGCGAGGAUGAAGGCCCAGAAGCUCCAAAGGUGGAUCUUCUGACGGCUCGCCCCACGACUCGUGACGGCGGCUCUCAUGGCAAACCCAUGGCUGCAAUGGCCCACACCAUAAGCUUGCCUGGUCAAACCCCCGUGAAGCUGCCUAGUGGUAUGUUGUGUGAAAACUACUUAUGAGAGCAAUUUUCAUAUCUGACAGUAUCUCAGCAGGGCCAUCCAAGCUCCGUAACAUAUUCACCGAAGUUGUCUAGACAAUCUAGGUUGACGCUUGGUUUUUUAUUUAUAUUUCAAAAAGAUGAUAAAUCUAUCGCACGGAGCCUCAAGCAGCUUUCCAC